GAAAAUGAAGAGAGUUUGUUGUUGUAGUUUGCUUCUCUUGAUUGUACAUUUGAGUUUACUUAGUGAACCUUCAAUGGUGUUUGCAUUUGAUCCCACACAAGGGUUUACUAAUGUCCCCUUAACAUCAAGUAGCUUCAUAUACCAAAAACCGUACAACGUACCUCUCAAUGAACGAUAUAGUUUCAAGAAUGGAAUUCAUCGCUUUUGGGUUUACGCAAAUGAUAAGCCAUUCGAACGUGGAAGCAAUACACAGCCGCGAACCGAAGCUCAAAUAAAACCGGACUAUACGUCAGGGAUUUGGCAAUUCGAAGGAUAUGCUUUUGUACCACAUGGAACGUCGGGUGCUACAAUAGUGCAAAUUCAUGGCGCGGCCCAAGGUAACACGACACUGUUACUAAGGAUAUAUAACGGAGAUAUGAGGUACUAUGACAGCGAAGUAAUCGCCACCGAUUUAUACGAUAAAUGGUUCAAAGUGAACUUAAUUCACAAUGUGGAUGAAGGGAGACUUAUGGUUUACAUUAACGAUGUGAAAAAGUUUGAAUCUCAUGACCAAGGUCCAGGAGACUUAUAUUUCAAAUGUGGUGUUUAUGGUGCCCCAAGUGAUAAAAGUCGAUAUAUGGAAUCGAGGUGGAGAGAUAUUAAAAUAUAUAAGAAGUAAUAGUGAAAAGUAUGAAACGUGUAUAAAAAGUUAGGUGAUGUAAGGUAUUAUUGUAUUAUCAUUUUGUUAUAAUAUACGGGUGUGAUAUAUAUGAAAA